GUUGUGACUGUCGCUUCCGCUGACGAAGCACAGAGUGGGAGAGGAGUCAGCGCGAGCGCCCUGCGGAAUCCCCUGAACAUACGAGAAGAUGGACAACGUUUGCAUCGACAGUUUAAUCCUGAAGCUCCACGAUGCGAACGCGGUGAAGUUCGGCGAGUACAAGCUGAAGAGCGGCCUGCUGACACCCAUUUAUAUCGACCUGAGAGUCCUCGUGUCCUACCCCGCGCUCAUGAACCAGGUGUCAAGUCUCAUCUACCAGCGAGCGCAAGAUGAGGGGCUGCAGUUUGACUCAGUGUGUGGGGUUCCAUACACAGCCCUGCCUUUGGCCACAAUUAUCUGCUCUAGACAUGAACUGCCCAUGCUCAUCAGGCGAAAGGAGGCCAAGGACUAUGGAACCAAGCGUCUGGUGGAGGGGUCGUUUCAUGAUGGGGAUACGUGUCUGAUCAUUGAGGACACUGUGACCAGCGGCACCAGCAUCCUGGAGACUGCUGAGGUGCUCUACAAAGAGGGCCUGAAGGUGACAGAUGCCAUUGUACUAAUGGACAGAGAGCAAGGCGGCGUGGAGAUGUUAGCUUCUCAGGGAAUCAGGCUCCAUCCCAUCAUCUCCAUGUUCAAGCUGCUCAAUGUGCUGCUGGCAGCCGAACGCGUCGAUGCCCAAACCGCCCAGAGCGUCCGCAAGUUCAUCCUGGACAAUAACACCUUCAGCCCCAGGGAGGAGAACGGCAAUGAAGUUCCUGCCACCAAGAAGCCAUGUGUGGACAAGAACCUGGAGCUUAGCUAUGCAGACAGAGCCAAACUUCCGAAUGUUCACCCUCUGGCAUCAAAGCUGCUGAUGAUCAUGGAGGAGAAGCAGUCUAACCUCUGUGUGUCCGCUGAUGUGACCAGCAGCGAGGAGCUUCUCCAGCUGGCGGACUCUCUAGGUCCCACGAUCUGCGUGCUGAAGACACACGUAGACAUUCUCAAGGACUACACAGUGGCCUUCAGCCAGAAACUGCAGGCUUUGGCCGAGAAACACAACUUCCUCAUCUUUGAAGAUCGCAAGUUUGCUGACAUUGGGAACACAGUCAAGCAUCAGUAUGAAGGUGGUUUGUACCAGAUCUCAUCUUGGUCCCACAUAGUGAAUGCUCAUGCGGUGCCGGGGCCCGGGGUGGUGAAGGGUCUGAGUGCUGUAGGGAAGGCUCUGGGCCGAGGCUGUUUGCUCAUUGCGCAGAUGAGCUCCCAGGGGUCGUUGGCCACUGGUGAAUACACAAAGGCUGCGCUGAAGAUGGCAGAGGAGCAGUCAGACUUUGUGAUGGGCUUUAUCUGUGGUUCAAAUAUCAGCAAGAGGCCAGAGUUCAUCCACAUGACCCCUGGGGUACAGAUGCAGGCUGGAGGUGAUGUGUUGGGCCAGCAGUACACCACCCCAGAGGAGGUUAUCCACAACAAAGGCUCUGAUGUCAUCAUCGUGGGACGGGGUGUUUUGGAGGCCCCUGAUAGGCUGAAAGCUGCUGAGUCAUAUAGAAAGUCUGGCUGGGAUGCUUACACAAAGAGACUGGGCCAGAGUGGCCAAUAAGAGAUCUGGAGUAGCAUUUGCAUCGUUACAUCUAAUUUAAACUACGACUCUAAUAAUAAUGACCUAGAAGUAUUUCAAUUUACAUUGUCCAGGAACAACAGUGUGCACAUAAUUGUAUUGAAACGUGUGUAUAUAUGUGCAUCUGUAUACCACACUGCCACAUCAAAAUGCACACCUGUUCCUACACAUGCACACAGUUUAUUAACAUUUGCGAGGCACAACUGGCAGCUGUGGGGAAUCAGAAACUUUUCUGUUGAACUUACGUGUUCUUUUGAUUCUGUCCUAUGAAUAACCUGCUUUAAUUGUGUUCUUGAUUCCUUCCUAUUAAUAAGCUGCACAGCCUGACCUGACAACUGAUCUGAUGAGAUACUUCUGACCAGGUUUAAAGCAGAUUCGGGGGAAAAUGUUUCAAUUUGAGGAUAAAAUGGGGGUCACCUAGAAUAGCUAUUUUUUUAAAAUUAGUUUUUUAAUAAUGUAUUUUUCUCUGGUCUACUAAUAUCAAAUAUAUCAAAAUAUCAAUCAAAUAUCAUCAGGGUGUCAUUCCCUGGACAAAUCCUACCACUUUCUUUGUUACAAACCCAUCAUUCCUUUGUAUGCUUUUGUAUAAUUGCUGAAAGACUAGACCAAGAUUUAUAGUACAUAUAAGGGUGGGUAUAGCUAAUACUUUUUAAUUAUAUACAAUUUACAAUAUUUCUGUUGAGAUUCAGGGCAUUUUUCAGCACACGGUCAGGCAUCUUUUGUAUUUUGAUUUUUUUCCUUUCUGCAUUUUAUGCUUCACUUUUACAAGAUCACAGACAUACAGUACUAAUUACUGCAGGACAGUCUCUUUUAACUCCUCAAAACCAAAUCCAAAACAAAUCUCUGCUAGGAACAGUUUUCAAUUUUGCAUUCCAGAUUCACAAAGUUCAGUAUCAAUUUGAUUAAACAGCUCGGUUAGUCAUAGUUCAGUAAUUGAUGAUGGGGUUCAAAUAAUAAUGACUAACUGUGGUCUUUACUUUUUUUUUUUUUUAAAGGGUAAGACCUUAUGUUAUGAAUUCAAAAUGAUGGCUUUUGAUUUGCCUGAUUGAUUAGAAUGCCCUAAAGAGAACAUGACAGAACAGCCUGCCUGAUUUGAUUUCAACCUUUUUCAGCAGCUGAAAUUAUUAGCUGUGUUAUCAGUCUCGCCUCUCCAAAUACUGUGAAUUGCAAAAUAAGGGAAUGCUGAUUGGAGCCAGAUUAGAUAUCAUAACUGUCAUGAUUUUGUCCAUUGCCGUCCAUAUUGCUUAACUUAAAAUAACAAACAUUUAGUUGAGGCAGUAUUUUUUUUUUUUUUCUAAAGAGAUAUAAAUUCAGUUAUAAUCUGACAUGAAAAAUGAGCUCACAGAACAAGUCUAGAGGUUGUUACCCACUCUCUAUACAAAAAGAGAGUUGAUCAACGAGUUUUGUUUACACAGGAGAGAACUGCCUUCAGUUUGACACCUCCAUUUAAAAGUAGACAAAUGGGAUUUCAUGAACUGUCCUGGAGCCAAAACAGCUGUGCAGUUCCUACUACACCUACAUUGAGUGAAAAGGCUUUGUGGCCCUCUUGGUAGUAUCCUCCUGGAUUUAAUGGAGAAAUGUGAGGGUUUUUUUCUCUUGCAGUGACCUUGUUUGGGUUUUCCCUCCAUCUAGUUUCCAUUUAUGACUAAAAGAGGAAAUGCAGUGUCUUUUGACAGAUAGUUUCAUGUGUAAUACAAAAUAAUGCUCACGCAAUGUAUAUGUUGAUGCUUAAUGUAAUUCUACUAGUGUUAAGAGAUGGGAGAUGUCAUCUGAAAUUAUGCCUGUGGUCUACCAGUUGUAAAUUGUUUUCACACUCAAAAUUCGAUAUUGCUAUCAAAUAAAAUGAUUCUUGAAUUCAAAUGAAAUGCUGAUAAUCAACUUCCAAUCAGGUGUUGUAGUCUGCCUAUACAGUAUAUAUUUAAAUAUGACAACAUUUUUUGUCAGCAGACAUUUGAACAUACCGUAAGGGCUGGAUUAUCGAGGAUUGUCUCUGCUGCACUGCUGUGCUAUUUAGCAAGGCCCUAAUAGUUUAUUUGAGUAUUUAUUUGAGAAUAAUUUAUGAAAAAAAAACUCUACCUCUAUACCAAUGAGCCUGUAAAUAAUGUACCAUUUUCUUAAGGCACCAUGAAAUAAAGUAUUAUUGGACCCCCCCCACCCCUUAUUUUAGGCUGUGAUUAUAGUUGGUAGUUUUCCUUUUACCUUGUUUUAUUUUAGUAUUGUAAAUUGAAAGUGCUGUUUUUUGACUUACUCAACUCCAUCUAAGUCCAGAAAUAAGACAAAUGAGCUGUGAAUUAUGAGUGAGCAAUCUCUUGACCUCGUCAUUUGAAAGGCACUUGGCAAUAUUCCAGUCUGACACAAUCACUUAUAAAAUAUCAAAUAACUGCACUAAUACUGUCCAUUUAAAUGUUGAGCCUCACAAAAACUUACGUUUCUGCAGUUUUCCAUGAUCUUUUAGUUUUUUCUGAAGAGCAUUUAACUAACACAGGGCAAUACGGAUGAACUGAAAAUUGCAAUAUUCACAAGGACAUUUAGUUGGUUUCGAUUUAUAUGUUAUGAAAUACAACAAAACUAUGCAAAGUUGUAUGUAAAGUUAUCAUAAAGGUGUUCAAUGCAAUGAUGUGUAGACUAAAGUACUUUCAGUAUCUUUGUUGUUAUUAUUAUAACUUAUUUCAUUCAAUAAAACUUGGUAAUUUUUUUUAAAGAAAUAACUACU